GCACGCCGCUGCGCCCGCCGAUUUGCGGGUGUGUGAGUGGCGAGGCCGGGCAGCCCAGGCAUGGAGCUACCGGACCCCGUUCGUCAACGCCUGGGCAACUUCAGCCUCACGGUGUUUGGCGACUCCAGCCGCACCGGGCCCGAGUCCAGCGAGGCCGCGGAUAAUGAGAUGGUCUCCAGCUUACCGUUGCAGAUGUCACUGUAUUUCAACUCGUACUUUUUCCCCCUGUGGUGGGUGAGCUGCAUUGUGAUGCUUCACCUGAAGUAUUCGGUCUUGCCGGAUUACUACAAAUUCAUUGUGAUCACUGUUAUCGUCCUCAUAACCUUGAUGGAAGCGAUCCGGCUGUACCUGGGCUGCAUGGGGAACCUGCAGGAGAAGGUUCCUGAGCUGGCUGGCUUCUGGCUUUUGAGUCUUCUACUGCAGUUGCCGUUAAUCCUUUUCUUGCUCCUUAAUGAAGGCCUGAGGAAUCUGCCCUUGGAAAAAGCAAUACAUACCAUCUUCACUGUCUUCCUCACUUUCCAAGUCAUCUCAGCGUUUCUGACCCUGAAGAAAAUGGUCAAUCAGCUGGCGGCCCGUUUCCACCUCCAGGACUUUGAUCGUCUGUCUGCAAACAGUGCAGCCGUGAGGAGGAGGAGGCCGUGUACAGAAGAGCUCUGACCCAGUGCUGAGGAGUAGACGUCUGCAAGAUAAGGUGGGAAGACUGAGAGAGUGACAGAACACCUGAGAUCAGGCUGGGAAAGGGCACAGGUGUCCUGGGUUGUAUCCUCCAGACCAGGCUGAGAAAGGGCACAGGUGUCCUGGGUUGUAUCCUCCAGACCAGGCUGGGAAAGGGCACAGGUGUCCUGGGUUGUUGUAUCCUCCAGAUCAGGCCUGAGAAAGGGCACAGUUGUCCUGGGUUGUAUCCUCCAGAUCAGGCUGAGAAAGGGCACAGGUGUCCUGGGUUGUUGUAUCCUCCAGACCAGGCUGAGAAAGGGCACAGGUGUCCUAGGUUGUAUCCUCCAGAUCAGGCCUGAAAAAGGGCAUGAGUGAUCUGGGUUGUAUCCUCCAGAUCAGGCUGAGAAAGGGCACAGGUGUCCUGGGUUGUAUCCUCCAGCUCUAAAAUUCCAUGGAGGCAAUACAAAGGCACACUGUGGUACAUGGAGUCCAGCAGACACUAAAUUUCUUAUUUCUGAUGUUGACUUUUCAGGAGUUUAUUUGUAAGUCUAUUGGUAGUUGUAAUCUGCUUCCCUUUCUGUAAUGUUUCUAGCUAUAAUCUGUAGCUAGAAAUGAAUGGAAUUUCAGGAAAAAUCAGUUUUUGGCCAAUGGACUCUCACUGCAUAUAUCAACACACUCCAGAACAUGCCCACACCCAGGAGUAGUUGGCCAACACAAAACAAACUCAGUCGUUUUUCUGUGGACUUUUUGUUUCAUUUUGCUUUUGUUUGGGCAUUUUUUUUUCUUAUUGUUAGGGGGCAGGAAGUUGGAGAGGAAUUGGGAAAGAGGGAGAAAAACAUGCAAAAUGUAUGGUACCAAGAAAAAUUUAAUAAAAAAAGAAAUGUGUAACAUCCCCUUUAAACGUUCGGUUAUCUAAUUGGCUCUUCUGGGUUUCUUGGAGCAUAUGGAAAUGCUUGCUCACCAGCAUGCUCAUGCAGUAGAUGGUGUUUUUAACCGAGACAACUUCUGGGUGUGCCAGUGGUCAAUUCCAAAUCUCUUCUCAGUUGCUGUUCUGAGGGGAGGGAGGUGGGUGCACUGUGGUGUUUACAGAGUUUAUCCUGCGGUGAAGGAGGUGACAUAUUAUGGUAUUUAAGGAAUAUUUUGUCAUAAAACCAUGUUCAGUAUUUGUGAUGGAGGCACAGACUGGUUUUUUUUUACCAUAAAU